GCCCCCGAGCUGCGCCUCGGAGCCCGCGGAGCCGCGGCCCGCCGGGAGGUUCUUAGGGAGCCUGAAAAAAUGUUGGGCCGUGCUGGGAGUUAUGUUUUGCUUUCUAAGGGCGACUUGGAGCUCCUCUUGGUGCUGACAUGAUGACAGUGUGCAGGCCAGCCAAGGGCAGCCACAGCCAGCCUGAAAACCUGAGCUACAAAUUGGCUGACAAGGUCAAGGUGGAAGGCCCAAAGGCUGGAGAAGAUCCUCGAAGGCAGCCGUUUAGGUCCUCCAUUCCUUUCCUAGAGACUGAUCAGUCUUCAUCCUUCCGAAGAAGCCCACUGGGAAGCCUCAGUAACCUGAUGCUAGAGUCAAGAGUGGACUGUGUUCAGCAGAACAUGUUCGGCUCAAAUAUGAUCAUCAGCGACCCAGCUUCAGAUCUCAGUGCUCAAGAAGCCAGCAGGGCCGGCAAGAGGCAGCUCAGCGGUGUUCAGAACCCCUGCCCUCCUGCCCACGGCAGGGCCCGGCACAAGUCCCUCAGCAUAAAGGACAAGAUCUCCGAAUGGGAAGGAAAAAAGGAGUUACCCACUCCUGCACCUGGCAGGAAAGCAGAUGGGCAAGAGGAUUACCUGACGUCCUGUGUGAUGGAGAGGAGAAGUAGUGAUGGUGUGAGGACUUGGGUCACAGAGGCUGAGAAUGGAACAAGGCUGGAAACAGAGAGCAAAGAGAAUGAGAGGAAUAAAGGGUCAGUGAAAGUCGGAGCACAGGAUACAGAGCAGAGGCAAGACCUAAGCUCACCAGACAGGGAGCUGGCUCCUACAUUGGGCAGAAGCCGAGAGCGGAGGCUUGGCCAACAGCGCUUUCAGAAUGAUAGCCUCUCUGUGCUGAAGCAGGUCAAGAAACUUGAGCAGGCUCUGAAGGAUGGGUCGGCAGGGCUGGAUCCCCAGUUACCAGGGACUUGCUAUUCCCCACACUGCCUGCCAGACAAGGCCGAGGAGGGGCCCACCCUUCCUGAGAACCGUGGGGGCGGGAGUGGCUCAGAAUUCAGGUUCCACCACUUGGACCUGGAAGCCAAGGAGCCUGCCCCUGAGGCUGGGGAGGAAAGGAAAAGCUCGUGCAGGAGGCCCUGCAACCAGAGCCUGGAGAGUGUGUACAGGGGCUCGGAGGGCUCCCCGCAAAAACCCUUCAUCAACCCCCUGCCCAAACCCCGGAGAACGUUCAAACAUGAUGGAGAAGGGGACAAGAAUGGGAACCCAGGCAUCAGCUUCAGGAAAGAUAAAAGGAACCUGCCUCCUCUGCCCUCUCUACCUCCCCCGCCCCUGCCCUCCUCUCCCCCACCUUCCUCUGUGAACAGAAGACUGUGGAAUGGGAGACCGAAACCCAGUGCUGACCACAGAAAGUCCUAUGAGUUUGAAGACUUACUGCAGUCUUCCUCUGAGAACAGCAGGGUGGACUGGUAUGCACAGACCAAGUUGGGGCUCACACGCACUUUAUCGGAGGAGAACGUCUAUGAAGACAUUCUAGAUCCACCAAUGAAGGAGAACCCUUAUGAGGACGUUGAGUUACAUGGUCGCUGCCUGGGGAAGAAGUGUGUCUUGAACUUUCCAGGUUCUCCCACCUCUUCCAUCCCUGACACACCCACCAAGCAGUCAUUGUCCAAACCUGCUUUUUUCCGGCAAAAUUCAGAGAGGAGAAACUUCAAACUGCUGGACACUAGGAAGCUGAGUCGGGACGGAACUGGGUCCCCUUCCAAAAUCAGCCCCCCGUCCACCCCCAGUAGCCCUGAUGACACUUUCUUUAACCUUGGAGACCCACAGAAUGGCAGGAAGAAGAGAAAGAUACCCAAGCUGGUGUUGCGAAUCAAUGCCAUUUAUGAGGCGCGGAGAGGAAAGAAACGGGUGAAGAGGCUGUCCCAGUCAACGGAGAGCAACUCAGGAAAAGUGACAGAUGAGAACAGUGAGUCUGACAGUGACACCGAGGAAAAGCUGAAAGCUCAUAGCCAACGCCUGGUCAAUGUGAAGUCACGCCUGAAGCAGGCUCCAAGAUACCCAUCACUAGACCGGGAGCUCAUCGAGUACCAGGAGAGGCAGCUCUUCGAGUACUUCGUGGUUGUAUCAUUGCACAAGAAGCAGGCUGGGGCUGCAUAUGUGCCAGAACUCACCCAGCAGUUCCCUCUGAAGUUGGAAAGGUCUUUCAAGUUCAUGAGAGAGGCUGAGGACCAGCUGAAGGCUAUCCCCCAGUUCUGUUUCCCUGAUGCCAAGGAUUGGACUCCUGUCCAGCAGUUUACCAGUGAAACAUUCUCAUUUGUCUUAACUGGAGAAGAUGGGAGCAGAAGGUUCGGUUACUGCCGAAGACUGCUGCCUGGUGGCAAAGGGAAGCGUCUCCCUGAAGUUUACUGCAUCGUGAGCCGCCUGGGAUGCUUCAGCCUCUUUUCCAAGAUCUUGGAUGAGGUGGAAAAACGACGAGGCAUCUCUCCCGCCCUGGUGCAGCCCCUCAUGAGGAGUGUCAUGGAAGCCCCUUUCCCAGCCCUGGGAAAAACCAUCACUGUCAAGAACUUCUUGCCAGGAUCAGGAACUGAGGUGAUUGAACUGUGCCGCCCGCUGGACUCCCGGCUCGAACACGUGGACUUCGAGUCUCUCUUCUCCUCUCUCAGCGUCCGCCACCUGCUCUGUGUUUUUGCCUCCCUGCUUCUGGAAAGGAGGGUCAUCUUCAUCGCAGACAAGCUCAGCACGCUGUCCAAGUGCUGCCACGCCAUGGUGGCAGUCAUCUACCCCUUCACCUGGCAGCACACCUACAUCCCCGUGCUCCCGCCCGCCAUGAUCGAUAUCGUGUGCUCGCCAACCCCCUUCCUCAUCGGGCUGCUCACCAGCUCGCUGCCGCUGCUCAGGGAGCUGCCGCUGGAAGAGGUCCUUGUGGUCGACCUCGUCAACAAUCGGUUCCUCAGGCAGAUGGAUGACGAGGAUUCCAUUCUGCCCCGGAAGCUUCAGGUAGCCCUGGAACACAUUCUGGAACAGAGGAAUGACCUGGCUAGUGACCAGGAUGAAGGGCUCCCGGACUGCAAGCAUGGCCCUGAGUCCAGCCCCUUGAACGAGGUGGUGUCUGAAGCGUUUGUCCGCUUCUUCGUGGAGAUCGUGGGCCACUACUCCCUGUUCCUGACGGCAGGCGAGCGGGAGGAGAGGACUCUGCAGCGAGAGGCCUUCCGCAAAGCUGUCUCCUCCAAGAGCCUCCGCCGUUUCCUGGAGGUUUUCAUGGAGACGCAGACGUUUCGAGGCUUCAUCCAGGAGCGGGAGCUGCGACGGCAGGAUGCCAAAGGUCUGUUUGAGGUCCGAGCCCAAGAGUACCUGGAAACACUCCCCAGCGGAGAACACAGUGGUGUCAACAAGUUCCUGAAGGGACUAGGCAAUAAAAUGAAGUUUCUCCACAAGAAAUAACCUCAGCUCAGCCUCAAGGGAAAACUUCCUCCUUGUGCAACCACAUGUUUUAAAAACAAUCCUGGUGGCCUUUCUGAAACAUUGGGUCCUUGGUUGUCCCAGGUGCUGGGAUGAAAGCCAGGAUGGGUUCCGGCCGCCCCUGGGCCCUCCGCGGGACCCAGGGCCCCAAAGCUGCCCGGAAGGUGCCGCUUCUUCAGAACAGCACUGGAAAGGAGACCUGAGACCAGGCGUGUUGCCGACAUCCGUAUGGAUUGUUUUGAUUGUUGGUUUUUGAAUUUUCGAUUUUUUAAUCUUAGAUAUUAAAAAAAGGAAAAGUGUUUGGGUUUUCUUUUUAUUAUGACAGGGCUAAGAAAACUCUAUCCUGCCCUAUGUCAUCUUCCCCUGGUUCAUCCUGCCCGGCAGCUCAGCUCUGGAUCCAAGAGGAGAUGGGGAGAUGGGAAGAAGCUAGACCAGGGGCUUAGAACCAAGGCACUCCUCUGAGCAGCACUGGGGAAAAACGCGGCAGGUGUUAGGGAAGGAGGGUAUGGCGACUCCUGCAGAUACUCCUGCCCACAGGUUUGAGAGUGUGAGCACUCUAGGGGAAAGGAUUGGCCCUUCCGUAGAGUGGAGUCAGAUCUGGGCUGAAAGGAAGAACAGGAACUUUAGAGGGAUUUGACUUUUCCUGGGAUGAACUGCGCUUCCAGACUGGCCACUGAUGCCACCUAGUGGCCGAGGCCAUUUGUUAUCGUGCCACCGCCUCCUCUCUCCCAAAUGGACUUGACUCUUCUGGGCUGCCUCUUUUCUCUUAGAAGCUGUAGAACCGUCCACUGCCUGAGCAGUCCAUGACGUUUAGAGGUACACACAAAAAGAGGAAAUCUCCUCACAAGAUCUGUUCAUAAAAUAUUCUUGGGGUCCUAAAGUUUCUGAUGCUGCCUAGAGCCCACCUUGAAAAGCAGAAGCCACUGCUUUGACCCCAUUCCCAUUUAUACUAUAUGAAAUAGUCCCAUCUCAUUGUAGGGACCCAGAGCAGCGUAAAUGAACUAGUACCUGUGCCAGGUAAUGGAGGGUCUUUUGUUGUUGAUGUUAACAAGAGGGAGCAUCAAGAGGGGAUAGCUUCAUUCGACUUGUGCAGCCAACAAGGUGGCUUGCCCCCUCUGGAGCGGAAGCAGGGGGUGCAGGAGGAGGCUGCACUCUGAGCGCUGCCCUGCAAGGGAUGCAGCGGAAGGAGGAAGAGGACGGUGGGCAGCACAGGCGAGUUCCCGGAGCAGGCCUCAGGGCCACCACGGCGGCCCACCCACUGCCUGCAUAUCCCACCAGUGUGUGCCUGGCAACAGCAACC